AUGGACACCAAACGCCCCAAAGACCAACCCAUCGCCGCGAUCCUGCUCGCACGUGCGCACGACCCCGACGACGCAACGCGCAUCUUCACCGAAAAGAUCCAACAACGCCCUCUCUUCCUGGCCCCGUCCUCCCCACCCCCCUCCAACGCGCGCGCCGCCCGCCGACGCGCCCAAGAGAAGAAAAAACAGCAGCGCAAGAAGGCGCUCAAGCCCCAACCGCUCUCCGCGACGCAGCGCCGCCGCUUCGGCCUCUACAACGUGCCGCGCGAGGCGCAGCGCUACGCGCUCUUCGAGCCGCUGCACCAGCUGUGGCUGGGCUACGUGCGCGAGAUUUUGGGCAGUGAGGUCUACACGGGCGGGGAGGGCGCGGCGGCGAAGUUGGCCAGUGCGGAUUUUCAUGGGGCGGGGGUGGAGGUGGUGCGGAGUGGGUGUGUGAGUCGGGUGGGGAUUCGGGGGAUUGUGGUGAAGGAUUCGAAGUUUGCGUUUGAGGUGGUGACGAGGAGGGAUGUGCUCAAGUUGGUGCCGAAGGAGGGGACGGUGUUUCGGUUCGAGGUGCCGGUGCCGGUGUCGGUGUCGGGUUUGGGGGAGGGGGAGGGGGAGAAGGGAGAGGUGCAGACGUCGACGAUGGUGUUUGAGAUCCAUGGGGAGCAGUUCCAGUUCCGGUCGGCCGAUCGCGCGUCGAGGAAGUUCAGGGCACACUUUUCCAAGAAGCUGUGA